GCCAGGGGCGGACUGACAACUCAUGGGGCCCCUGGGCAAUAGGGGAUCAUGGGGCCCCUGUGUCCUUGCCCACACUCAAAAAGGCCUAUAAAAAAGGUACCAGGGGCAUUUCAUGGGGCCCCCCUACUGACCCCGGGCCCUCGGCAGUGCCCGAGUGCUCGAAUGGUCAGUCCGCCCCUGCACAUUUACAAGCAUCAAGCUUUUGGGCGUUAAUUAAUUUAAUUAGCCAGAAUAAUAAUUUAUUCUGGCCAUUAAAAUGAAUUAACGCUCAAGCACUAAACA